AUGGGUCAGAUUUAGUACUCUGAGAAGUACUUCGACGACAUUUAUGAGUACAGACACGUGGUUCUCCCACCCGAAGUGGCAAAGUUGUUUCCUAAGAAUCGUCUGCUCUCGGAAAAUGAAUGGCGUGCAAUUGGAGUCCAGCAGAGUCGUGGGUGGGUGCACUAUGCUUUUCAUUGUCCCGAACCUCAUAUCAUGCUAUUCAGGAGGCCCCUGAACUACCAACAGCAACAGGAGAAUCGCACUCAACAAAAUGCACUUGCUGCUAAAUGAUUGCUUCAUUUUACGGUUCUCUUGCUUAGUAAAUAUGCAUGAGUUUCUAUGUUUACCUUGAACUCUGUAUGUUUGUAGAGGAGGCUUAUAUAUAUAUGCAUAUGCUCCGUAUCUUUGCCGGACACUGUGGUUCCUUGAAUUUAGAAGUAAAAAUGGGUUUUAUGGA